GCCUGCGCACAGACCUGGAUGACUUGGAGGGAUUUACGCACUGCAAACACGAAAACCCAGCACAUUUUCUUCACACAAUGCUUCAUGUGUGGGUUGGAUGAAGCUGACGGAGGCUGAACAGACCCAUUAGAGUGAAUAAUAAUGAUGAUAAAUGCGUACGGGAUCACGGCGAUGCUGCUCGUGGUGUGGGUUGGAGGAGCAGAGGAGUUCGGGACGCGGAAAGACGCACGACGCGCCGCUUUUACGAGAUUACGGCGUCAAAGCAACACACAUAAACCUUCACUCAAGAUCACAGAUUACCAUGUCAGAUGCACCGUCAUCUCCCGAUAUGCUCUCACCACAGUCGAGAGCACAGUCUGGAACCAGCUCCAUUUCACCAAAGAGGCCGCGUUCGAGGUUGACCUGCCUCCCACAGCCUUCAUCUCCAACUUUACCAUCACAUCUAACGGCAAAGUCCAUGUGGCCGAAGUGAAGGAGCGAGCUGUUGCCAGGAAGAUCUACGAUGACGCCAAGAAGCAGGGGAAAACAACAGGACUUGUUGCCACCAAGGAGCGGGAGAUUGAGAGGUUUCGAGUGGCUGUCAGCGUGCCUCCUGGGGUCCGUAUGCACUUUUCCCUGAUGUAUGAGGAGCUACUGACAAGACGAUUCGGGCGCUAUGAGCUGGCUUUGGGCCUCAGGCCUGGGCAACCUGUGCAGAAUCUUUCUGUAGACGUUAGAAUAUCGGAGAGGACUGAAAUUAACUUCAUCAAAGUGUUACCGCUCAGGACCAGUCGCCUGCUCACCAACAUUGACCAAGCUGAGCCCAACGCACCCCCCUCCACUCAGGUGCAGCAGAACCUACACUGUGUUCACAUUCAUUACAACCCCAGCCAGCAGCAACAGAGGACCAUCUCCCCCAAAGGCGUCAAUGCAGACUUUGUUCUCCAGUAUGAUGUUGAGCAAAGAGAUCUCAUGGGAGACAUUCAGGUCCACAACGGCUUCUUUGUUCACUUCUUUUCGCCAAGGGACCUUCCAGUUGUUUCGAAAGACAUUAUUUUCGUCAUUGAUAUCAGCGGGUCUAUGAUCGGCACAAAGAUCAAGCAGACUAAGACAGCGAUAUCUACAAUUCUGGGUGACCUGCGUGAGGGUGACUACUUCAAUAUAAUUACUUUUUCGGAUAAAGUGCAGAUUUGGAAGAAAGGGUGCACCGUGCUGGCCACACAGCAGAACAUACGGGAUGCUAGGGAAUUUGUGAAGAAAAUCGUUGCGGAUGGCUGGACAAACAUCAAUGCGGCUCUUCUUUCAGCAGCACAGCUGAUUAAACCUUCUUCAUCCAGUGAUAGCGAGUUCUCAUCACCACGACGAGUUCCCAUGAUCAUUUUUCUGACCGAUGGAGAGGCUACAAUUGGAGUGACUGCACAAGAGGUCAUACUCCAUAAUGCUCAGAAUGCACUGGGUUCAGUCUCUUUAUUUGCCCUGGCAUUCGGAGAUGAUGCAGAUUUUCCUCUACUUAAAAGGCUGGCUUUGGAGAACCGUGGCAUGGCACGGAUGGUAUAUGAAGAUUCUGACGCCGCAGUCCAGUUAAAGGGUUUUUUUGAUGAGGUAGCGAGUCCACUACUGUCAGAUAUUCAGCUUUCCUACCUUGAUGACCAAGCAUAUGAUGUCACAUUGGCCCUUUUCCCCAACUAUUUCCAAGGCUCGGAGCUGAUAGUCACUGGGAAGGUCAAGCCAGACAUACAGGAUCUGAAAGUUUCAUUGACAGCAAGUGGCACAAAGCAGAAGUUGAAGGUAGAAAGUGAGUUUGUACUGGACAAGCUUGAAGUAAAUGACACUUCAGCAUCACUGGGCUGUACCUUGGAGCUGCAUGGCAUCGCUAACUUUGUGCAUCGCCUCUGGGCCUAUUACACUAUCAAAGAGCUUUUGCUGGCUAAACUCAACAGCUCAGAUCCAUUAGUACAACGCUUGUUAGCAGAGAAGGCCACCAACCUUUCAUUAAAAUAUAAUUUUGUUACUCCAGUCACCUCGUUGGUGGUGGUUAAACCAGAUAUUGAUGAGUCAGCUCAAACCACCAUCUCUACAACCAAUACUACACCCAAGCCUGUCACUACUGCUACAACAGCAAGUAUAAUGACCACACCUACACAAACUUCAAGUACCAAAAUCACAUCUACUGCCUUGGUCAAAAAACUAGGCAAACCUCUAAAGCCUAGCAAGUCUUCUCUUUCCAAACCCUUUCGAACAGACCUGCCUAUUCCUGGACAUCCAGUAAAUACUUCUUUUCAAGACAAAAAGACUGCACCCGCAUCACCCAAGAGUACAACAAUAUUACCACACAACACAUCUGCACACAUUUUGAGCAAAGCUCCCACUAUUCCCACCAGCUCAUUAAGAACUGAUGCUCCCACUUUCCUCUCACUCAAUUCCACCAGCACAGCUUUUGCUACUUUCAAGAGUUCAGUCACACUGCCCAAUAUGGCUGAAACAACAGCACCACCCAGCUCAGGAAAACAUCAAAUCCAGCCUCUGGAGAAACCCAGAUUCUUGUCUGACAUUGACAAUGUUGCCACACCAGACUUUCACAAGGUUUCUUUGACAAACGCUUCACCCGAAGCUCCUGAACAGGAAAUAAACAUCUCCACUCUUGUGGCUGCCUCCUUUGCCCCUAUGCCAGGCAUGACAAAUGCACCCAGUCUGUGGGAAGCUACUGGGGUUUUAGAUGUCUCUACAGCCAUCCUGACGAAAGAGUAUGACGUCUCAUAUGAGUACGACACUGACACCGACUCCGACACUGACACCGACUACAUCGUCCAUUACGAUUCUUCCUCACCAGAUGAUACAGAUAUCAUAAGUUCUGUAGGAAUCUUCUCCUCCUCAGUGGAUGGAGACCCCCAUUUCGUUGUCACGCUCCCAAAGACACAUGAAAAUCUGUGUUUUACUGUUGAUGGUGAGGCCAAUGAUGUGUUUCGUCUUCUAGAGGAUCCAGUCAGAGGCAUUACAGUGAAUGGCCAUUUGGUGUUGGCUCCUCCCAAGAUUGGACUCGAGAACCGCACUCGCACCUUCUUCGACAAGAUAACCAUCAUUCUUUCCAAAAGUGACAUAAGAAUCACCUUCACUAUACAUGAAGUGGUAGUAAAGGGAGAAGGGCUUGCAAAGUUGCCUACCAGACAAAAUGGAUCUGUGACACUCCCAGGCUUGAAGAUUGUGCUUGAUGGACACCAGAGCUGUUGGAUCGAGCUCGGAAAAGGUGUAACAUUCCUGGUUCUGAUCCAUCGAUACAGUCACCCCACCUAUUUCCAGAUGGAGCAUCUAGGAUUCUAUGUAUUCGAUGGUGUGGGCUUGUCUUCUUUAACGCAAGGUCUACUCGGCCAGUUCCAGCACAGCACCAUGGAGGUGGUGAGGAUAGACAGACAUGCUGCCAUGUUCCAUCACGGCCAGAUAAGCAGCAACAGCACUCUGAAUUUUGGAUUACUCAAGAAAGGGGAUGAAUAUAUUCCAGUCACGUUACAGGAUAAGACGUUGAAGGACACGCUAAUUAAGCACCACUUGACCCAGUGCUGGGUGGUGCCUAAGGUGGAAGUGGAGCGGCUCCUGGAGCAGCCUUACCAAAGCUAUUUAGUGGAUGACUUUUAAAUUCCUGGCAACAUUUUAAAGGUCUUGUCUUUUCAUUAGACACAGAGGCCAAACAAGAGUAUUGGACACCACAGUGCAAAGGUGACCUGUUUACUUGCAGCUAAUACAUAAGCAUUGAGAGUGUACAGUAAGAAAAAGUGACUGUGGAAAGUAUAGAAAAUGUGACAAGUCAGUCAGAAGAAUCCAGGAGUUAAAUCAGGAUGCACUCAAGAUGAGAAGCUACAGUUGUAGAUGACCAGCAAAUAAUCCUUCAAUAAGUCACCAUUUAUGGUGCUGAUUUUGUUUCAGGAAAUAAUAAAUGUAUAUAAAUUUACAUUUCAAAAUCAAGGAUUAUGUAUUGAUUCUAGUUGAUUGGUAAAGCCUACUGUUAUAGUGGUACAUGUGCACAAAAUAAUUCAUUAAAUAUGUAUUUUUUAAAGAGCGGUACUCAAUCCAAGAUGAAUUUCCUUUUAAAAAAAAACAAAAGCCAUAUGUAUUUUCAGCAUUUUAUUCACAUUUGAUUUUUUAUUUUUUUUUUCAUUCAUUGCACAAGACUGCUCAAACACUUGUGAUAAAGUCACAUUUUAGUCAUCAACUGUUUCACGUCCAUAUGCCAGUGUUAAGUUUUUAGUUGCAUGACACACAUACAGGAAAAUAAAUAAAGUGCAAAAUAAUAUCGAAACAGCUACUCGAGUUCAACGAAAACAAAAGACAGUAGGUCAUUUCAAUAAGAGCUACGUUCACCAAUAAGAUUAAUGCUAUUUGAUCCAGUUUCCAGUGUUACAUUUUUUUUUUUGUUGUUGGUCAGUAAGUAAGACACAUGGAGGAAAGAAGAUGAAGUGGAACCACUGUGUGUGCUUAUAGUAGCAUAGUAUUCAAAAAGAGAUGUCCACCAAAGUGGGAAUGCAAAAUAAACACACAAACCCAAAAAAAUAAAGAUAAAGAAAGAGCACUUUUUGAGAACAACAACAACAAAAAAAAAGAAGGAAAGUGUUGGUCAUUACACAGGAAAAAAUCUGGAAUUCUGUGUGUAAUUCAACAAAUGAAUGUUAAGUCUCGAAAAUAGUGUUUGAGGUUUAAGCAGAAAUCAUUGAUAUGGCUGGAGAAGCGGAGGAAUGACACGAGGAACCGCUCCAGCAUGAUCAGAAGGAUACGAGGGGAAGAAGAGAACACACAAC